AUGUCUGAUAUCGAUCAUCGACGGUGGUUGGCCGUGCAGUCCCGAUCCAAGCAUGCCGACCAGGCAUUUGUUUACGCCGUCAUAACUACGAAGAUCUUCUGCAGACCAACAUGCCCGGCACGACUGGCUCGAAGGGCCAACGUGAAGUUUUAUGACACUCCUGUCCAAGCGGCUCUCGCCGGCUUCCGACCUUGCAAGCGAUGUAAACCGGAUCGCAAUCACGUCGAGGGCAGUACCAUCACGCAGCCACAGAGAGAAACCGUCAAGAAAGCAUGUGAAUACAUUGCAAUGACCAAAGGCAACACGACGCUUAAGGAAGUGGCGCAAAAUGUCAACAUCUCGUCGAGAUACCUUCAUGGUAUAUUCAAAGACAUCAUCGGGUCAACUCCUGCUGUAUACACUCUCAAGAUCAGGAGUCAAAGCAACUCGGAGUUGGCAUCUCCUAGCUCGGGGCAUGACUUACAGGUACAUGAUAACAGCGUCACUACAUCGCCCGUCGGAGGUGGUUGUCUGCCAGACGAUGGUGACUUUGCGUUUAUGGAAUUGAACAUGAAACAUUACGCCUCUGUUGCGGCAUACGAGGCUGUAGAGGAGCAAUUGAAACUAUUCGAUCAAGAGGAGAACAUUCUCGGAUGGCCCCAAGACGAAGCCAUGUCAACCGGUCUGGAAUGCUCAACCGACGAGUUCUUUGAUUUCUCGGCCUACGACAGCUUUUCUGACCCCGACGUUCUUGAUCAAUUUACAUUCGGAUGA